AUGGAAGCUGUAAGUCAUGUACAAGGUCUUCAUGGGGAGGAAGCCGAACAAGCGAUUGGAAUUUUAGCCAACCGAUGUCCUCAUAUGGUUUACGAUGAUGAAGGUAAUAUUAAACCAUACGAAGAAAUACUGACUUGCUGUGAGCCGAUUCAAGUCAUGAAGCUUUCCAGCGAUUUAGCGUUGGGCGAAGGCGUUCUAGGCCGCUGUCCAACUUGCUUCAGAAACUUUGUAAGACAAAUUUGCGAGAUGUACUGCUCCCCUGACCAGUCUCGAUUUGUGGAAGUUCAUACAGAAAUUGGCCCCAACAACAUUGAGUAUGUGGAAGCGGUUGACUACAGACUUCACGAGCCAUUUAUGCUGACAGCCUUCGAAUCCUGCUCUGAUGUUAUCGUUCCUCAGACCGGUCUUCCAGCUGUUAACAUGAUGUGUGGCAGUGCAGUUGUAUGCGAUGCAGACGCGUGGUUCAAAUUUACUGGCGACACUGCAGGCAACCCCAUGGCACCACUUCAAAUAAACUUUCAGAGAUGGCCGACAGAAGAGGAUUCAAUGAAUGUAGUUGCACUACCAUGUACCGAAACUAUGGAAGGUGAUCUUCCGUGCAGUUGUGUUGAUUGCAGUGCAAUGUGUCCGGUAGGAAGUAAGCCCAUCGUUCCCGAAAUCUGUAAAAUCUUUAACGUUAACUGUCUCGGAUUUGCUAUUGGUUUAACGGUUUUCGUUAUCAGCGUUACUAUCUUCAUUGUACUAACUUUAUUAGAAUAUAGAAAAAAAAGAUCUAAUACGUCUAGAUCUUCUGAAAUAAGAGAAAUUGAUUGUUUCACGAAGUUUUUUCAAAAAUGUUUUUCGCGAAUCGGCGUCUUUUCCGCGGGUAAUCCUGUACUUAUGAUAAUGAUUGCUUCUUGGGUUACUUUUUCAAUGCUUUACGGUGUAUUUAAUAUUAAUUUAACCACUAACCCAAUAGAGCUUUGGUCUUCACCUGAUUCUCGUAGUCGUCAAGAACUUAAUUAUUUUAAUACUAGAUUCGGGCCGUUUUACCGCGCUGCACAGGUGUUUUUGCAUUUCAAGGGACUAGACUCAUUUUCUGUAGAUAACGUUACCUAUGGACCUGCAUUUAGAAUUGAAGCAUUGCGAGAAUUAGUACAUCUAGAAAAUAAAAUCAAAAAUAUUGGUCGAGAACAAAGAGGUGUAACUUUAGAGGAAGUUUGCUAUGCGCCUAUUAGGUCCAGAGGAGCAAAGAAAGAAUUAGAUCAAUGUGUUUAUUUAUCUGCAUCCGUUUAUUUAGGUGAAAAUAGAAACGAUAUCGAUGAAAACACUUAUCUUGACGACAUACAAAGCUGUUUGAACAACUUUUUUUCCUUUGACUGCUUGGCAAAUUGGGGAGGAGGUGCGGAACCUGAGGCAGUUUUCGGAGGCUUUGAAGGUGAUGAUGUCUUAAGCGCUAAUACAUUAAUCAUUAAUUUUCCUAUUACCAAUUUUAAUUUAGAAGAAAACCUCCGUCCUGUUUUGGAAUGGGAAGAGAAAUUCAUUGAACUUAUGCAAAACUAUGAAGCUUCCGGUAAAUCAGAUUAUGUCGAAGUGGCUUUUGGAGCCGAAAGAUCAAUCGAAGACGAAAUCAGGAGAGUUUCAGUAGCAGAAGCUGUACCGAUCGCUAUUAGUUAUUUAAUAAUGUUUAUUUAUGUGACGUUGGCUCUAGGAAACAUUAGAUACUGUAAGACAUGGCUCAUUGAUAGUAAAAUAUUGGUUGCUAUAGGUAGUAUUGUUGUUGUUGUUAUCUCUAUUAUUUGUGCCAUGGGUGUCAUGGGUUAUGCGAAUUUCACAACUACUCUAUUAGCAAUAAAUGUGAUUCCGUUCUUCAUACUUUCAGUAGGCAUAGAUAACGUAUUCCUUAUGAUCAAUACGUUACACGAUAUACAAAAUAAUGUUAAAGAAUACGAGGACUAUGAUGAGUCUUUUAGUUUUGAGAAAAAAAAGAGAUUUAUUUUCGAAAAAAUGAUGGGCAGUGUUGGCCCCUCAAUGUUUGUGUCUUCUGUAACGCAAAUCACCUGUUUCGCAAUUGGUAGUAUUACUGAUUUUCCAGCGGUGGCAACAUUUUCUAUAUUUGCUAGCUUAUCUUUGACUUUUCUUUUUAUAUUUCAGAUAACAGCAGUUGUCGGUAUACUAUCAUUAGACUACAAAAGAGUCGCUCAAAAACGUGUCGAUAUUUUUCCUUGCAUUCGUAGUAAAGCUUCAACGGAUAGCGACCACGAUCCUCCACACGUCAGUAUAAUAAAUAGAUUUAUGAUAUUGUAUUCUGAUAUAAUUACGAAUUGGAAAGUAAGAAUUGUUGUUGUAAUUUUCUUUAUGAUCAUUUUAUCUCUGAGUAUUAUUGCGGUUCCACAUUUAGAAGUAGGCUUAGACCAAGAAAUGGCUUUACCGACUGACUCAUACGUAUAUAGAUAUUUAGUUGCUGUCAGUGAACUAUUGCGUCUCGGCCCACCAGUUUAUUUUGUAUUAAAAGCUGGUUUAGAUUUUACUAAUCCGGAUCACCAAAACGUUAUUUGCGGAACCCAGCUGUGUUACGAAGAUUCAUUAAUUACACAAAUAUUUCUAGCUGCUCAGCACAGUGAAAUAACCUAUAUAGCAAGAAGCUCAAAUUCUUGGCUGGAUGACUUCUUUGAUUGGUCCAGCUUACCCGGGACUUGUUGUAAAUAUAACGUUACCGAUAAUGGGUUUUGUCAAACUUUAGAUACUUCUCCAGAGUGUGCCUAUUGUUCGAUAAGCAGGAAUGAAUGGUCUAACGGCCUCAGACCUAGUAAAGAGGCGUUCGAAACUUUUCUACCUUUUUUCCUACAAGACGAACCAAGCCAAGUCUGCACUAAGGGAGGGUUGGCAAGUUACUCAAGCAGUGUUAAUUAUUUACUUGAUUCUGAAGGUCGUGCCAUUGUCCAUGAUACGAAUUUUAUGGCAUAUCAAACAGCGCUAAGCAGGUCGCCAGACUUCAUCAAUGCUGUGAAAUAUGGUUAUGAGAUUAGUGAUAACAUCACUGCCGCUAUCCGGAAGCACACAGGUAUGGAUGUUGAAGUUUUUCCUUAUUCCGUGUUUUACGUGUUUUUUGAACAAUACCUGAAUAUUUGGUCGGACACGUUUGCAGCGUUAGGUUUUUCAGUUUUGGGUGCUUUAGCAAUAAACCUGUUAGCGUCUGGGUUUAACUUUUUGACGAGUUUCGCUGUUAUAUUGACUGCUGUCAUGGUCGUGAUCGAUAUGAUGGGCGUAAUGUAUAUUUGGAAUAUACCGCUCAAUCCAGUGUCUUGCAUUAAUCUUAUCGUGUCUAUUGGUAUAUCGGUUGAAUUUUGUAGUCAUAUUGCAUACGCUUAUGCGACAAGUCGUCGUCCUGACCACGAGAGAGUGAAAGAUGCAAUACAAAAAGUCGGCUCCACUGUUAUUACUGGAAUUACAUUUACGAACAUACCAAUUGUAGUUUUAGCAUUUUCUCACACUGAAGUUAUAGAAGUGUUCUUCUUUAGGAUGUUUUUUAGUCUGAUAAUACUAGGGUUCUUGCAUGGGUUGGUGUUUUUCCCUGCUCUGCUGUUAUUCCUCAAUAAUAUAAAAACGAGAUCGUUUUAA